UAACACAAUUUUGCAACAUUGUACGUUGCCUGAAAAAAGCUUACUAGCAAGCAGAAAAUCAGUGUAGAAAAUAUCUGAUUAAGUGGGGAUUGUUGUUACAAGGGGUGCAGUAUUGUAUAAAAUUUAUAGUGUGAAAAACAUCUGCAAUCAAUUUUACCUCUUAUGAACCCCAUAGUGUGAUAUUUGUAACAACAACAACAAAUGGAGGUUGUUACAGCAAGCCCAAGUAAAGAUCAUCUUUGUGAAAAGAACUAUCCUGCUUCCAGAUAACUCUGAGUAUUCUUAACACACACAAAAUUGUAUAACAGCCUCAAUAAAUCUCAAACUGAGCUCAUUCUUAACUACUCAUGCCUUUUCUUUCUAUUACUACCUUGAAAACAGUUUGCAGGACAAAGUGUUUUCAGAAUUUAGAAGAUUCCUAAUUUCUACUUUUGGUCUGAAGACAUGAUGUUUGGAUAAUCUGAAUGUUAACCAUCUCCUCUUUGCUACUGAACUAAAUCCAAUUCUGAUUCUAUAGGUAUAGUUUUCUGCUAUUUCCUUUGUCUGUUUUUUCCUUAGUUCUGUCUAUGUACUUGCUGGUCUUUGAUAAACUGUUGGAAUCAUCACUGUGGCUCACAAUCAUUCCUGAUGCACUUCAGUGCCUGUGGUUCAGCUCUUUCUGAUUUGGAUGUAAUCCAUGUGCUCACAGCUUCUUUGACUUUCCCAACGCCCUGAUUCCCACCAUUGAUGCAUAUCCUCCUCCCACCUCCACCCAUCCAUCAUUUCCUUGUUUCUCUGGUUGGUCCCAUCCAUUCUCAUCCCCAUUGAUGGGCAUCUCCGCUUGUUGUUCGGAUGACUUCCUCACUUUCGGUCCACGCCAAGCAUUUGCCCACUACUCCAUCCCCACCCUAGCUAUUUGGACUUGGACUUGCCGAGACCAAGCCCCCAAAUUCUGGUCCGAUCCAUCUUGCUACCCCAUCUCUCCUUGUGGUUCCUCAAAUCGCUGUCCGCCUGGGAGGGACGGGGGGAUUCUGCCUUUGAAGGAACCUUUGGGAGGCGCUAGGACCCAACCUUCGGGCGGUCCCGUUUGGCUCAGGCGGGCAGCCAGUGACGUGGUUUACUGACCGGCUAGCAGCGCUGCUCUGAAGCUACAGGCGCUAAAUCGCCCCAGGACAGGAGCCGCCACACCCCGCAGUGCACACCGGGACCGGCCGACUCUCUGAGCCUGCAGCAGGAAUCCGGCUUGGCCGUCGCCACCCCCAGGUCAGGACAAGAGUGCGGCGCGAUUCCCAGGUCAGAUCCCACCUCAAGUAUGGGCAUGAGAUUGAAGAAAAAAUUGGGCAAAUUAAAAUGGUUUUGGUGAAGAAGAUCGAACCAAUGUCCAAGAAGAUCGAACCCCAUGAACAGUGGUGGAAAUGCCCCCUUUCAACUUAACUCUUACAAUUUUAAAGGAAACUCAUAAAAUCUCAUCAUGGGAGCUGUGGCGAUCGAUGAUGGUCCAUCUGGAGUUAAAGCCCCAGAUGGCGGCUGGGGCUGGGCUAUACUCUUUGGGUGCUUUGUCAUCACUGGAUUUUCCUAUGCCUUCCCGAAGGCCAUGAGUGUCUUCUUCAAGGAACUUAUCCGAGAGUUUGAUGUUGGAUAUAGUGACACAGCAUGGAUUUCCUCUAUUUUGUUGGCUAUGCUUUAUGGAACAGGCCCCCUAUGCAGUAUGUGUGUCAAUCGGUUCGGCUGCCGCCCUGUAAUGCUGACUGGAGGCCUGUUUGCCUCAGCAGGGAUGAUCAUUGCUUCCUUCUCCACUAAUAUCAUUCAGAUCUACCUAUCUGCUGGUGUCAUUACGGGAUUGGGCCUGGCCCUUAAUUUCCAGCCAUCCCUUAUCAUGCUAAAUCGCUACUUUAACAAAAAGCGGCCUUUGGCCAAUGGGUUAGCUGCAGCUGGAAGCCCUGUGUUCCUCUGUGCACUUUCCCCCCUCGGGCAGAUACUGCAGCAUGAAUAUGGGUGGCGAGGGGGAUUUCUCAUCUUGGGGGGAUUGCUUUUGAACUGUUGUGUUUGUGGAGCUCUGAUGAGACCUUUGGAAAGUCCAAAAAAACAGGAAAAUUUGAAACCAAUUCAGGAACGCAAAAAAAAGCUAUUGGAUUUCAGUGUUUUCAAAGAUACCGGCUUUGUAAUCUAUACAGUGGCUGCAUCCAUUAUGGUGCUAGGCUUAUUUGUACCUCCAGUUUUUGUAGUAAGCUAUGCUAAAGACCUGAAGUAUGAGGACACCAAAUCAGCUUUUCUUCUGACAGUUCUUGGCUGCGUGGACAUUUUUGCUCGACCUCUUUGUGGAAUACUGGCUGGCUUGAACUGGGUUAGGCCCCGUUGUGUCUAUUUCUUCAGUUUUGCUAUGUUUUUUAAUGGCUUCACUGAUCUCAUGGGCUCCCUUUCUUCCAAUUAUGGUGGCCUGGUGGUCUUCUGCAUCUUCUUUGGCAUUUCCUAUGGAAUGGUUGGUGCUCUUCAGUUUGAAGUUCUCAUGGCUAUUGUUGGUACACAAAAGUUUUCAAGUGCCAUUGGCUUAGUUCUUUUGGCUGAGGCAAUGGCUGUCCUAGUUGGCCCACCUUCAGCAGGCAAACUCCUGGAUGCAACUCACAAGUAUAUGUAUGUUUUUAUUUUGGCUGGUAUUGAAGUCGUUACUUCCUCGGUGGUGCUGUGUUUAGGAAAUCUCUUCUGUAUCAAAAAACCUGUGCAAAUACAAGAUCAUGCUGAAGGAGAAGGGUUAAAUCAACAACCGGGAGACUCCAAAGUGGACUCUAUUGAAGUGGAAUGCUUUCUGAAAGAUGAAAAAAAUGGGAAAAUUGUAACCAAUCCAGAAACAUGUGUGUGAAUGUAACAGAAAUGAAUGCCAAACAUUUAGAGAAAGAUUCAGAAACUUUUAAUAUUUGUAUUUAUUUUGGUAAUAAGCUUUGCUUAGGAUUGGGCUAUUAUGUUUGGGAACUAGAGAUCAACAAGCUCAUGAAAUCACUUCUUGGAAGCUGACCUUGUUAGGAAGUUUCCCCCCCCCCCAUUUUAAUGAAGGAUUGAUCUUCAGGUUAAUUUGCUUGGGCAUAACUAUUGCUGUAAACUAACCCAUGGUCUUCUAAACACAUAGUAGUGCUUUGCACUACCAGAAAACAUUCUCUUGGAUGGAAGUAUUUUAUUUUGUAUGUAUGAAUAUGUAAAUGUCCCUGUAAUGCAGAUGACACACUUAUUGUUUUUGUAUCUAUAGAACUUCAAAGUAUCUUCCAUGAUGGUGUUUGAUUUAAAGGAAUAAUUACCAAGAGAUCAACCCUAUUUUAAUCUUAUAGAAUGCUAAGUUUUUAAUAAUUUUGGUUUUGCCAAUAUAUUUUUAUGUAUUUAUAUUGUUUUCAUCAUCUUUUUUACUUUAAAGAUUUAAAUGUGCAAAAGAAAGUUAUUGAACUUCCUGGGGGAAAAAAAAAUCUAAUAACUAUUCUCAAACGGGGUCAAAACAAAAUGAAUUGUGAUUAGUUUUCACAGGACAACAGACUGAAGAGCUAUUUCAGUCUUUCUAAUUGCUUGUUGAUCUUCCAACUUUAACUGCAGGCUCUUAUGAACAUGCCUUACAUAAAUGAUUUGCAAAACUUUCUAUGACACAGGAACAGCAGACGGACAAGGACUGAUACAUCAGCUCUCAACAUUUUCUAGUGGCAGAGGACUAUAUAUCUUUUGUCUAGCUGUAUUUUUAUAAAGUAGAAAAACUGUUUCCAAACAUUUUAUCAUGCCCAUUAUAUAAAUCACAGGGGAUUAAUGGAGUUGGCAGUUUUGAUGAUUUGAAGGAAAUAAUAAGAGGAAAUAAUGUAGAAGAAAGGAAGUAAUGGUUCUUUUUGUUACCCAAAGUCUUCUAAGAAACAUCCACACUACCAGGUAUGUCUUCUGUUUGUGCGACUCGUAGCAGUUGGUGAUGUGAGUUGAGGCAAUCAGCUGAGAGAAAUUAAUGCUUGGGGUAGUGGAUGUUGCAUUAGGGGGCAGGAGUGGCUGAGAUUUCUCCACAAGCAAAGAAAAUAUGAGAUCCCUCUAUUCUGAAGGACACCGGUGGAAGCAAAGUUUUAUAUUAAAUGUGUUGAUAAAAGUCUAUUUUAUCUCAAUGGACUUUUUAUGCUCUUCUGAACAGUUCUUUAAAGUGAUCUGAUGACCUUGAAGGCUAAUUGAGGUAUUCCAUAGCUAGACUGCAAAAUUCCAUAUGCUCCCUUAGUGAACUGUUAGCUUUUUGUAUCUCUUUGCUACCAUCCAGUGGAUAUUUGAGUUUUUCAAAAGAAUUUCCAGAGAAAAGUAGGUUCUUAGUCCUAAAUGAAUUAGAGAGAGAAGUUAGAAGUUCCCUGAGGAUGGGCUCCAGCACGAGGCCCAAAGCUCGGAAGACAAAAACUGUGGUCCUGGUGACUGACCCAGAUUGGAUCCUGCCACAUUAUCCUGGGACACAUAUGUUCAUUCACUAAAUGAAUUACUUUUUUAGAUAAAUUAGUCAAAUGAGAUUAUGCGUUAUUUGAGCUAUAUACUAGACACCAUUUAUUGUCAGAUGUCAAUAUAAGAUCCCUAUCAUGGUUUAGAUAAGGAUUACAGAUGCUCCAGGCAUGCAAGUUGGACUGCUUGGCCAACCCAGUAUUAUACUCAUACUAACUAGGCAGGGAGAGCAACUCGGUAAAAGUAUUCAUGCCCUAGUUCCUGCCAUAGAAUUGGAUAUUUCUAAUCUUACAACAGUUUUGGAUUCCACCCCGAUCAAUCAAUAGCUGGUCCCAUUAUCUGGAGAAUUAGAUGUUACCUACCAUUUCUGUCUAUCAUACACAUGUGAAAGAAAGAAGGGAAAUUUCUUUAUAACAGUUCAAUCAAUACUAUGACCUUCAAAAGUCCUACAAGUCCUACUCUCAGUCAACACAGUCAAUUCAGGAAAUUCUAAUUUCAACACAACUGGGGGGAAUCAAAUUGGUUUACUAGUUCACUAAUGUCAGGAGAAAACUGUGCUAAUAUCUUCAUGUUUGCCUGGGAACACUGAAAAUAAUUAGGGAUAAAAUUUUGCCAGUUUCUAUACCUGCAGGCAAUUUGUGUAGAAUAAUUUCUCUUGUUAUAUUUCUUAAAUCCAAAUUCUUAUUUUUUGUGUGGUUACCAAAGAUAAAAUAUUUUUAAGGUAUUUCAAUAAUAUUAAAAUUCUAAACAGAAAUACUGACAGAUCUGGCCAAUUUCUGUCAUAAUGUUUAACCCAAAGAUUAAUUCUGCUUAUUAUCUCAUACUGUUACUUUUGAUAGAAACUUUUUUUGGGAGGUAUUUAGGAGCAAGGGCAUAUGGUCAAAGCCUGGCAGAAUUAUAAUAUAGAAUUUGAUCAAUAUUUUAUAAAUCAAUCUACUUUAUGAAAUAAGAUGUUAUGAUUCAGUGUUAGCAGCUUAUAGAGCAACUCUGAUGCAGCAAGGAUGUUAUCAAGCAAAUACCACUGUAAGGUAUUUGAGUCUUGCCAUCACUUCCUCCCCCUCCUGGCCAUGUUCAAAGUAGCAAAAUGUUAUUUAGGUUGGAGAUUGUUGCAGUGCUUUCAAAGGGAAUUCAAAACUCAACCUGGCCUCUGAAAAAGUUUCCUAAGAUUUGCAACAAAGGGGUGAGGAUACAGGUCACUCACCUUGUUUAACAAAAACAAAAUAUUAUUAUUGUGUCCUUUUUCCAUAUACUUGGAUGUAAUGAGAAAUGAAUGUUUGGUGUCUACCUCCAUGUAAUUGAAUUAAACCAAAUUUCAAAGGUG